UCUCCUUAAUCUAAAAAAAAACAUUUUCUCCUUAUUAUCCUAUAAAAUAUAAACCCUGACGCUACUGGCCAUGGCCGCCGCCUCGAUCCUGUCCGCCGCCUGCUCCUAUCCGCGCCGCCACCCCGCCGCGCCGCACCUCUCCCACUCCGCGCGCUUCAAGAGGUUCGACAGGGUUCGCCGGUUCUCGCCCGCCGCCAUGUCGACGCCGUCGGGGCCGAAGGAGGCGCCGGGUAAUAACCCCGGUCUCCACACCGAGAUCGACCCCGCCACCAAGGGCUACUUCCUGCAGCAGACGAUGUUACGUGUGAAGGACCCAAAAGUGAGCCUUGACUUCUACUCCCGUGUGAUGGGCAUGUCGUUGCUGAAAAGAUUAGAUUUUGAAGAGUUGAAGUUCAGCUUGUAUUUUCUCGGUUAUGAGGAUGUGGCUUCAGCCCCUGCUGAUCAUAUCAAGCGGACUGAAUGGACUUUCAGGCAAAAAGCUACCCUCGAACUCACCCACAACUGGGGCACAGAAAGUGACCCUGAAUUCAAAGGUUACCAUAAUGGGAAUUCAGACCCUCGUGGUUUUGGUCAUAUAGGAGUAACCGUGGAUGAUGUCUACAAGGCAUGUGAGCGCUUUGAACGUCUUGGUGUUGACUUUGUGAAGAAACCUGAUGAUGGGAAAAUCAAAGGUAUUGCGUUCAUCAAGGAUCCUGAUGGCUACUGGAUUGAGAUUUUUUACCACACCAUUGGGAUGGUGACCGCUUCGGUGUCAUGAGGUGUUGUGGUUCAGAUAUUAUGGAGGCUUUGUGUUCAGGUUGGUACCACACUGCACUCCGCCUUAGCCAGUGCUGGCGGCUCAGCGGCCCGCCGCGCUCAGCAUCCUUUCUGCUGCCUCCAACCGUACCGGUCACCAUGCGCUGGGUACGGAUAUUUUCUGACCAUAUUCGAAUUCGAUCCGGUCUGGAAGGGUUUUAUCCGUCCGUAUCCGAUUUCGAAUAUCUAAUAUCCAUAAUCGAUCCGUAUCUGAAUGCUUAAAAGUUACUUUUUUAUGAUGUCGAUAUUCAUUACAAUUUUAUCCGGCAAAAACUAACACUAUCUGUAUCCGACUCCGUAUUCGAACACAAAUAUAAAAAACAAAUACGAUAUCAGUAAUAUCCGUCUA